UCCUGACAUCUCUACAUCGGCCACAUCUUUGCCCGUGGAUUAUAAAGCCUACUUCACUCAAGAAAGCACCCCGAGCCGAAAAAUCACUGCUGCUCCGCCACCAGAAGAGGACUCUUCAGCCUCUGCCCGAGAAGCUCCAGAGACCCAGACUCCACGUCUACCAUCAUCAACUUCAAAUAAGAUGGAGGGUCACGUGGCACGAUUUGCACUUCUUCUGUGCAUCACUGUUGCAGCCUCUGAAUCAAGUCCGAUGUGUGAUCCAAUGGAGGUCAAUGCCAACCCAUGGGUUUACAUGAGUGAGAUUCGAAUCGGCUGUUGGACCAGCUUCAUCAGAGAGGACAUGGCAGAGGUCCACAUCCUUAACCUGAACUUUGCCGCCUCGGAUUCCAAGAUGUUCUCUCUCCAGAUGACCAAUGCCAAGCCGAUGAACCUCAUCCUCACCUCCCCGGACACGGCCUACGGUCAUUACAUCCUCAACACCGACGUUAACGUUUAUAUUAACAAUGACUCCAAAGUCAUGCUUCAUGGUAAUCAACAUCAAAACAACAUCCACAAGCAAGACUUCCCGACUCACGAUGAGGAGCUGAUCAAGUGGGCAAUACAGAAGUUUGGGGGUGUGACUUCAUUCACCACGGUCAGGAAUCUGCAUACCAUGUCAUCGACGGGAACAAAAGGAACCAAACCUGGCUCUCGUUACUGCACACUCAAAAAUGAAGACACAACCGAGAAGCACUUCUUGAAGAUUGAAACGGCACCCCAGGCUUCUCUGUUCAAAUCGUGCUCCCCACAGCAACAGAGCCCCGAUGUUGACGCCGAGCUUCACAUCAUAAACAUCCCGGAGAAUUCCACCACUCGCAACGUCUCACUUCGAGUUGACACCAAGAAGACCAGCGUGUUCCUGAGAGGCCCUCAGGGCACCACAUGGACCAUCAUCAACCCGCAGCACACCCAGUUUGGUUCCAACAAUGACAUCCUGCUGUCCACAUUCACACACACAAUCCCACCGUUUGUUACAAUGGACAUCGACAAUGCAGAGGAUGUGCAAAGGAAGGCUUUAGAUUAUUUCAAAGCCAGUACGUUCACCAGCUACACUGAACUGAGACCAGAGGGCUCUAUGGUUUCACUGGUUCUUGGAAAAAAAGACAACUCUGCAGUCGGAGAAGCAGCACCAGCACCAGUCACCCCCAUCUCGACUAAUGCCCCUCAUCAGAUGCCUCUGCUGAUGCAGUUAUACACCUCCCCAGACUACCGUUCUCCCCUGGACCCGACCACCAAAGUGCAGAGUGACAAGAGAAUCUAUGCCGAGAUUUCAAUGCACACGAUAGGAAACAUCGUCUUGACCAUCAAGGUGAUCAGCUGCUUUGUGCACUCCAUGGGCUCAUGCCCUGUCGUCAAGGAGCUGCCCUUCAUGCCAGAGGCCUGCUCCUUGAAUUCUUGUCCCAACAGCACCCGACUCAGCUUCUCCUUGGAUCAGCUCCAAGAGCUGACGUCCACCACGUGGGACCUGGAAUGCGCCGUCAAACUUUGUCACAGUGAGAAAUGUGGAGAUGGAGGAAGAGUGAAGAGGAAUCUGGAGGUUACCCAGCCGUGUCUGCAACCACCAACCCCACCAUGCUUUGAUUUUGGCUUACCUGGCGUUCUGGGCAUUGCAUUUGGAGGGUUCCUGAUUGGAGUACUACUUAUUGGAGCACUGUGGUUUAUCAAGAUUAAAACAGGCUACCUAACUGGACUGGACAUUAGCUCAACUGCAGCAAAUCUACCUGGAUGUCCCUGUUCAGGAGCAAAACGACAACCUGUCUCCACCAACCCAUCUCCCUCUGAGAACAGCAGCGCCAACGCAAGCAUUGGAAGCACCCAAAGCACACCGACCAGCAGCAUGGCAUGAGAUCAUGGUAAUCUCCACCACCAGCAGAGCCACUGUCUCCCUUAAGUCACCUAUAUGGGUUUUGUGCUAUUGUUUUCUUUUAUAAUGCUUAUUAAGCAUUUCUCCCUCACCUGCCCCCUUCAAAUCCUCAUCUAUACCCACAACCCACAUCUUUGACUUACCAAGCCUAGAAUGGAUGUGAUCUGGGAGUUUGUAAUGGUGGAUCGGUGUGUGUGGGGGGGAUGCUGCAUGACGGAUGACAGAAGUCUAAUCAAUGGCUUCUCUGACGCUCACCUCUGCGGCCUCUCUGUAAAGUCAAAGCUCCUAGACAGGAAGUUAAAGAGGGCAAGAGAACAAAAAUUGGCUCCCAGCAACAGGAAAAACAAACCAUAUCCCCCAAGAACUAACAGGAAAUUCCCAGCAUUCCUUUCAAUGAAUUGUGCUUGUGUGAUGGCAAGCACAAUAUAAGUUAGACUUUGAAAAACAGAUGUGAAAUGGUUUUGCAUUCACAUCCAAGCUAUAACAAUACGAAAGGCUUUUGGCUAUGUCAGUCCAUAAAGUUACUAAUGUCUCUGAGACUGAAAUGCUCAGCGUGCUAGGAUCUAAAACCUGUUCAUAAAAUGCUCUUAAAGGAGUAUUUGUCUAAAUUGGAGUGCCAGGUCAAUAGUUAACAGCUACCUCCUAUUGUUUAGAAGUCUAGGGUUAAGUUUAAACUUAAUACUAGAUUUUACUGAUGAAGUGAUCUUACUUUCUGCCAAUUUCAAUUGUUGUUUCAUUUUGUGUCACUUUAGCUGUAUAUUGUAGUGGACCUCUGUCUCAUUUGUAGAUCUCGACAACAAAGUCACGGUGCCUUUUUCAUACAAUCCAAUAGCUGUAUCAGGGCCUUCAGAGAAUAUAUACAUUAUUUCCUAAUUACUCAACAUAAUCCUAAAUUAUAUUUAUGGCCCAAAGGACACAAUACAUAGUGAACCACUUAUAUGUAUGUGAACUUUAGUAAUGCACAGCAAAGCAUGCAGAGAUACACGGCUGUAUCCAGAGCUGAGUAAUGUUCCAUUAUGAGGACUUAAUACCAAAACUCAGCUCUCAUACAGCUCGGCCCACAGGGUGGAGUUUCCCCAAAAUAGUCGGUCUGGAGGUGGAAUUCCAGUACUUUUCCUUUGCUCAAUGCAUAUUAUAUAAUUGUGUCAUCGCAAUUAGUUGUAACCAUAAUUCUUGUGACCGUUUAUGUCAUGUUUGUAACCAUAAACAUAAAAACCGACAUAAACACAAAAACCCAACAUUUUACUAAAUAUAUCUCAUAAAAGUUUUGUCAGACAGAAUGGGGGAUUAUUCACUCCCCCUGAUGAACUAGAUGCCAAUGCUUAUGGUUUAUACACCGUGAUACUCUUCCAAUAUUUGAAGAUCAAGACUCUCAGAAGGUAUUAAGUGGAUAACCUGAUUUCUUAUUUUCAAUGACUUUGCAUGCAAUAUGUAGCCAGCCUCUAAGACGAGUGCACGGAAAGGGAAAUCCUCUGGGUCGAUGUAACCAAACUCCGAGAAACUUUUAUUCCUUGAGGGGGAACUUUUGGUACCACUAGGCUUUCACAAUGAACGUAACGUUUUACAUGUUUUCUUCCUUUCUCAGAAUACAAUGAAAUUUGAGCUUUGAGGCAAAUGUUUGUUUCAAAGGAACGGGCUACAAAACCUGAUUUCUAGGUGAAGAACUCAGAUAUGUGGGCUGUAUAGAGAUCACUUUGGUAUCUAUCGAUCUAUUUCAGUCGACUUUCAGUAUUGAGUUUAACACAUGCAAGCCCACUUCUCCCUCAUUUUACAAGUCACUUUCUCUGAAUACAGCCUUAUUGGACUCCAUAGUAUAAUCAAUAAUAACAAUAUAAGACUACAUUUUAUAUGCACAGUUUGCAACAAUACACGAGUCAUUCAGUUGUGCUUUAACCCCGUGAAGACUGCUUUCACAAUGUAACUCUAGCUUUAUUUCUAGCUGUCCCAUGACGCGCCUGAUGAUAUGGAAACUGUCAUUUGAGACGGGUGAAUUUCUCAUUCAAAUUAAUUUCUGCUCUCUCCAUUUGAUAGGCUGCAUCAGCCGCUGCAGUGCUAAUGCUAGACAGAAGCUGCGUAGAUGCAUAAUAACUCAUGAGGGCUACAAUUGUAGAGUGACGGUUGAUCCGUGAACCCACUAUUUGUUUCAAUGUACAAAUGUAAAUGUAAUUUCAUUUUCUAUUAUAUUUUGCCACUCUGUUACCUCUUAAAAACAUAUUCCCAUCACACGGCCUGUGGUGUAAGUAAGCAGUUUGUAUCCACAGUACAUAGCUUUGACACAAGCGCCACAUUCUUUAAAAUACAUUUGAAACAAUGACACUGAUUACUCUUCCAUGCAUAUAUAUAUAUAUUAAACAAUUAUAUAUGUAUAUAUAAAUAUAUAUUCCCACUCCCAAUCGUUAUUUGCCUUCUGAUUUUGUUAAAAUAAUUUAUUCACCUUCAAACCUUAAUCUCAAAAGUAUUCCAAAACGACUGUUUGUAAUUUCUCCUCAUUGAAUGUGAGCUACGUAGCCUCUCACCCCCCAAGCGAGCUCAAUGUGUGCGUGCAUGUACAAUCCUCUGUGCAUGCCGUAUUUUCUUUAUGUAUUUGUGUAGAGAACAAAGAGGGCCAGUACAAAUUGCCACUUGAGUAUUUGUGCAAUAUGAUGAGGUAUGAUCAACAUGUAGUUUUUUCUACCAUGUGUUUUUGUGCAAAUGUUGUAUGAUGUUCUUACUUUUAAUCUUUUUCUUAAGAGGAUUUUUUAAAUUUUUUUUUACAUAUUUGGAGAACUGGGACAAUUCCUAAUUAAGGCACUCAUCAAAUGCAUCCAUUUGUUUCGUAUUCUUUUUUUUUUUUUUCCUUCUCGUAUACAUUUUUUUGGUUUUGAUUACAAUGUAGUCACAGACCAGUACAUGUCACAUCACAUCUCAAAGACAGAAAGAUGUUGGUUUUUUUUAAUCCCCGUUUGACUUUUGCUCUCACCCUAAGAUUCCCCUACUGUCCAAAAACAUGGCAUAUCUCUUCCAAUACUGACAUCCUGACAUUGUAAUGCGUUCAUUGGGUGUGAUGGGGAAGUACAUUCUGAGACAGGAUGUCUCGCCACAGAGGAGCAUCUUCGUGAAAUAUUCAACACUCACGGGCUUGUAGAGUGCAGGGAACAUUCAGACUUAAAACAGUUCAAAUAUGGUGGUGAUUGAGAUUUUUUUAUCAUUUAAUUGUAAGAUCUUCUUUUAUUAAAUGUCAGGUAUUCUGUAGCUGUGUUAAACCAGUCACGGUGACUGACGGCUACUGUCUGAGCACUGACAGUAAAAUCAGACAGGCUGCCAGUUAAAUCACGUGUUAACCCUGCAGAUCCCUUCGUUACCUCUGACAACAGCUUCCUCAUACACAGUGAACACAAUAUGUGUGUGUGUGUGUGUGUGCACACAUGCAGAGUAUCUGUGUCUGUGUGUAGGUGUCCAAUAGACACUUUGCCUCCAUUUAUGUGAGUGGAUCCUUACUCCAAUCUCUUAACAAUGUCCAUAUUCUGAAUACUUACCAAAGAAGCUGAAGCCUUAAUGACAUGUCAGAAUGUCUGCUUUGAUUUAAUCAAGUAUAAAAUGCAGUGUUUCUUUUGUACCAUUUAAAAUGGGUCCAUUUCUUUAAAUAAUACUAAUCUGAUGUAAUUCUAAGAUGUCUCUGAAGAAAUAUAUGUUUUUUUCUGAAAUAAUCUUAAUAAAGUGAAUAUGACAAUU